AUGACUGUCAUGUCACCCACCCACCCCACCUUGGAUCAUAGGAGCAGCGCGGCGAGCACUAGCAGCGUUGGCAGCAACGGCGGUGGGCUACGAAAGACGUUUGGUGCCGUGGCUCGUCGUGUGUCGCUCACUCGACGCGACUCAUCCGAGAACAAAGCCGCGAGCAUCAACAAACUACCCACUAUCCAGGACUUGACCAACACCACCUCGAAACGAAGGACCUCCGUCUCAAGCGUAAGCGACGCCUCGUCGCUGAACCGGAGCUCUGUCUCCUCGCUCCCCGCGCCACGCUUCUUGCUCAACAGCUCCUCCCCGGCGAGCGAGCUGCCUCAGACAUGGCUUGAAUGGAACAAGGCGUACCAAAUGGUCAGUCGCUGAACCCUAGCGGAACUAUUAAAUACGAGUGCCAUGAAACUGCUGCUGACUCCCCAUGCUUCGUCGUCUUCACUUCACUUCUUCAGGGUUUGAUCGGUGAGCUUGACCGACUGUUUCUGCUGAGUGCUCCGGGCUCCGACGCAGAGCCUCGCGGCCUCCCAGGAGCCGAAGUGGAGUCGAGCGCUCCUUCGAUAUCUUGAAGCUCUUGGUGCCCCGGCCCUUCCGUACAACGGUUCCCACAGAUCAGGAGAGCUGAUUGCUCUUAUUUACAUGAACAGACUACAAUGAUCCACCACCACCGCCGACCAAUCUGUGGAUCGGCUCGGAGAACGCCUCGCCAACCGGUCAGUAUCGAGCUCCGCUGCCGGCCGACGAAGGCGCGCGCCAGCGGGCGGUCGACAACCUCACCUUGCUCAACCACAAGCCCUACGAGAGGCGUGGAUCUGUUGGCGUCUCCCCCAAGACGUCAAAGAAGGAGACCGAGUUCGCUUCCGAAAUCGACAGCUACAGAGCCCCUCAGCCAAAUGCCGAGGACGAUGAUUUUGACUCUCAACCGCUGGAUCGAAUGGUCCCGAUCGUGCACAAGAUUCAUGGCGACGUCGGUCUCGUUCCACCGCAUCCAGAAGAUCUAGCGACACAUGAAGCCCUGCUCAAGCUGGCGCAGAGUGCCAAGAAGCGUUUCAACACCAAUGGUGGCACGGUCUCGCUCAUGGACCAAAGUUCUCAAGUCUUCCUCGCCGAAGAAGGUUUCAACACGAGAGAGUUGCCCCGUCAAUGUGAGCGACGGCUCGUUCUCCGUGAAUGCGAGAGAAAAUCGUGGGGCAUAGUCUGACAAACGCUCCUGUGGCAUUCCCGUCCCUCAAUUUGCUCUCACAGCCACCAUUUGCUCACACACGAUGCUCAAGGCGGCGGCGACGAAGUCCAAGGAAUCACUGGUUGUGCUUGACAUUGCCAAUGACUGGCGCUUUGCCUCGAACGACUUUGGACAGUUCACCAAGGGUUUCUACGCCGCAGCUCCGAUCAUGCUGCCAUCGGCGCUUGGGGACUCGGAGGAGCGACAACCGUGCGGCAUCUUCUGCGUCAUCGACUCAAAACCACGAGGUGCAUUCUCAAAAGAGGAUCGCCAGGAUCUGGAGAGGAUGGCCGACGCUGCUGCCGAGGAGAUCCUCAAGGUUUCGCAGGAAAAAUCCGCCGCGAGGGCCAGUACACUCAAGACAAAGCGGGAGGCUUGGAGGCGCUCAAAGCUCGUUCGACGAGUCUCCGAGAAGACGAGUCUCGAGUCCGUCGAAGAGCAGUCAACGCCUCCAACAUCUCCGGCCAUGCUCCAAGCAGGGGGUGGAGGGUACACCCUCACUGCGACGUCUCUCGCAGCUGUUGAGCGUUCAGACUCGUCUGGGUCUUUGGAAUGCUCUAGCAACGGCACGCCUUCCGCUUUGGCAUCCAAGCGGGGCUCCCUCGCCGACACCGCGUCGGACGGUGGCUCGGUUGAUCUUGCCAUCACGGUUAUGACCCCAACCUUCGGCAGGCGACGAGGACGCUCGGGAGUGCAUGCUUCGGCGGCCCGCGUCGCACCCGACAUCAAAUCCAUGCUCGACCUCUCAUCGCAACUCGUAGCUGAGUCCCUCGACAUCGACUUCACCUACAUUGCUGCUGUCGAUCUGCCCAAAUCUUCUGCGCCUCAUGUCGUCGGUGACAAGCCGAUGCGCCUUCUUUCCUCCCACAACUUGCCGAUUCCUGCCCCCCUGUUCGAUGUCGACCUCCAUCUUGAGACGCUGACCUCGCACCAACAGGCGCUCUUGUACACGGAUCCCGACUUCUCCGGCGCCGAGGGCGAAUUCUCGAGUGGGUUGUUGAUCAAGAUCCUGACGACCGAUGAUGUCGGCUACAUCCUGGGCGCUUUCACUGAGAACCCGAGGAGGUCAGUUGUCUGCCAGCAUUGCCCUAUGCCAUGCGCCUUUGCACUGACAUCUCCGUUCUUCUUGCCAACAGGAUUCUCAACAAGCAAGACUUCCACUUCAUGAAGACCUUCGCCAAUGACCUUGCCCGACAAGUGGCCAAGCUUUGA